GGCGAGGGGUGGCAGCAGAGGGGCAGUUCUGUGGGAUGGUGUCGCUGUGUUCGGGUAAUCACCGAGGAGUGAGGAUGAGCUGCUGGAGGGAGUAAGGCAGCGGAGUGCAGGAAGCUCUUACCCCGCUCGCUGUGGCGUUUGUCCUGAUGGUGCGUUCGGUGAGGCGAAACAGGGCUGGUCGACGAGUGGCAAUAGCACAGGUGUGAAAGACUCAAACUCCUCUCUCUCUCCCAAGCGUGAUCUGAUGAAUCAGAAUGGCUACAGAAACAAGCAAUAUUCAGAGGAGUUACUCCAUUAUUCCAUGCUUCAUAUUUGUAGAGCUUGUCAUAAUGGCUGGGACCGUGCUGCUCGCCUAUUAUUUUGAGUGCACAGACACCUUCAAGGUGCAUAUCCAGGGGUUCUUCUGCCAAGACGGUGACUUAAUGAAGCCAUACCCAGGACCAGAAGACAACAGCUUCAUCUCACCACUUGUCCUGUACUGUGUGCUGGCAGCUACUCCAACCAUCAUUAUAUUCAUUGGUGAGAUAUCAAUGUAUUUUAUAAAAUCAACAAGAGAAAACCUCCUCAAUCAAGAGAAGACCAUCGUAACAGGAGAGUGUUGUUAUUUGAGUCCUCUUUUUCGAAGAGUAGUACGAUUUAUAGGUGUGUUCGCUUUUGGACUGUUUGCAACAGAUAUAUUUGCAAAUGCGGGCCAAGUGGUCACAGGGAGCCUAACUCCAUAUUUUAUAACGGUUUGCAAACCCAAUUACACAGGAACAGAUUGCCGUUCCCGCUCCAGAUUCAUAACUAGUGAACACAUCUGCACUGGGAACCCUGAAGUCAUUGCAAAUGCACGGAGAUCCUUUCCAUCUAAAGAUGCAUCUUUGAGCAUCUACUGUGCCUUGUACGCUACGAUGUACAUCACAAGCACAAUAAAGACCAAAAGCAGCAGGUUAGCCAAACCAGUGUUGUGCUUGGGGGCUCUGUGUGCUGCUUUUUUAACAGGAUUGAACAGAGUGUCUGAAUAUCGCAAUCAUUGCUCCGAUGUGAUUGCAGGCUUUGUACUGGGCAGCACAGUAGCAUUGUUUUUGGGAACGUGUGUCGUUCACAACUUCAAAGGAACACAGGCCACAUCUGUUAAACAAAAACCCGAGGAUCCACACGGAGUGCCAUUGAUGACAUUCCCUCGGGUGGAAAGCCCACUUGAAACAUUGAGUGCACAGAAUCACUCUACUUCAAUGACAGAAGUAACUUGAAGAGAAAACCUUUGCUUCUAAAAAAAAUUUAAAACACAAAUUGGUACUUUUUUUAAACUAAGUGUUAAACCGUGGAAAGUGCAACACAAGAACAUGUCUAGUUAGUAUCAGAUGUUUUGUACAUUUUUGUAUGACAAAUGGUGUUGUAGCUGACCUUGAUUUUUUCUUUUGCCUGUUUCAGUAUAAUAAAGCAUUCAUGUAACGGUUUCUAAUUUCUUAUGUAAAUUCCAGUGAUGUUGUGGUAUUUGUACAAUAAA